GCCGUCUAUCAGUGCCAGUCAGUAUCGCCUAUCAGUUUUGCCAGUCAGUGCCAAUCAGUGCCACCUAUCAGUGUGUAUCAGUGCCGCCAUCAGUGUCACCUAUCAGUGCUGCCUAACAGUGCCAGUCAGUGCAGACUAUCAGUGCUGCCUAUCAGUGCCACCUAUCAGUGCCGCCUAUCAGUGCCAUAUAUGAAUGCUGCCUUUCAGUGCCCAUCAGUGAUGCCUGUCAAUGCCCAUCAGUGCCGCCUACCAGUGCCUUCUCAUCAGUGUCGCCUAUCAGUGCCCAUCACUGCAGCCUCAUUAGCGCACAUCAGUGAA